UAAACCGUGGGUGCGUCAAUCCCGUAGGCUGCCGACGAAAUGGUAGCAGUCCAAGGAAGAAAAUUUUGCUCAACUUGCGUUUAAUCAACAACAUUGCUUAGUGGAAGAGGCCAAGCUAGAAAACGGCACGUCGGUUGCAAAUGAUUGCAUAAAAUCGGCGUCGCUUUUCAAUAGGUGCAGUUGGCGUGUCUCCAGAUCGGUUACAGGCCAGGUACUGCACAGCAAACGGCAACUGCGAGUCACCUCUGGACAAGAACAACCGCGUCCCUUUCAGAGCAAACCCAACACACAACCAACGGGAACAUGGUUCGCGAUGAAAACGAAGAAAAACUGUGAGACUGCCGAAGACGACAUCGAAGACGGUGGGCAGUGAAUGGAGACAAAAGACACACAAAGCAAAAAGCGUCUCCGGGUUCUGCACUGUUUGCGCUGAAUAGAAAAAAGAAAACUGGCAACAUUGGGCAAAAAACGCAGUAAUCGUAGUUCCGGUUCGAGCUUCGGAAGCUGCAAAGGCUUUGCAAUUAGCGAAGCAAUCGUGUGAAAUAUUCCAGAUAUUCUAACACACAUUAUACAGAAGUGCUCCGGGAUAGGCACAAGGUGUGUUACUAGGAGGAGUGUUAACCGGAGAUUUUAGUAGAACGUCAGGCGGAGGACUUACAGAAAAUAUUGUAAAAUAUACAUCCCGUCAUUCGUCUGCAUCCGUCGUCCAAGCUAGUGGUGACAAGCAUUUUCCUACCAUGGAGGACGAAUUGAGCGAUGGUGAGAUCGUGUGGGUGAAGGUGAGCAAUAGCUGGUGGCCGGGUGAGGUUAUGGGCGAGUCACGCCUAUCCGAGGAGUUCCUUUCUUCGCUGCGGAAAAAGCCUCUGGCAGUUGUUAAAUUUUUUCAAGAAGAUUCCUAUGAAUACGUAAAAAAUCCCAAUUUUAUCUUCAAGUAUAAUUGUCCUCGUAAGAACGAAUUUCUUCGCAAAGGUUUGGAACAAUAUCGUGCCAAAAUGAAGCACAUGGAAAAGUUUCCGGCCGAUGUGAUGCACGCGGAACGUGUGACCGGCGGUGAUCCGGAUAUUGUAAAUUCAACCGAUUUUCAGCCACAGAAAAAGGAACGAUAUUCGGGACUGUUUCAAGAGGGCCGCUCGCCCACCACACCAAAGGGCGGGACGAAGGGCCUUAAAGAAAAAUCAAACACACCGUCUACUAAAUCGCACGCGAUGCCGGUUUCGUUCGGUUCGGGGCGUAAAACAGUGCACGAGGUGCGGAUUUUAGCGCAACCUUCCAGCGUGUCGACCACAGACAGUGAACCUGGUGCAGCCGCGCUUCCGGAACGGAGAGACGGUUCGCUUGCCGCUGCGGCACCAUCAGUAUCGUCUUCCCCUGGGCAGGUGUAUCAUUGUUACAAGUGUAACAAUUACAGUGCCAAUCGCCAAAAUCUGAUCAUACUUCACAUAAAGCAUUGCCGAAUGAGCUGCACGGUCACUGGUGGUGGGUUGUCUGCUUCCUCAUCCACCAUGCCACCAAUGGCAUCUGCUCGCAAAGUUUCGCGGGAAAAAGUGAAUGAAUCAGCCGAAGAGGAGGAUCUCAAUCUGGAUAUUAAAACCGAUCACUCUAGGCGAUCUUUACCGAUGUCGAGCAAGGGAAAACCGUUUGAGACAACACCCAUCAGCAGCGUUCAAUUGACGGUUCCCUUCAAGGAUGAACCGUCCAGUGAAAAACGCACGAGAGGAGGCGGUCGAAAGCCAAUUGAAACGCAAAAGCAAAAGAAAAUUGCACGUCGAAGAAAUAAGCGAGACCAAUCGCCGGAUGCAGACGCACUGGCUUCGGCUAUAUCCUUCGAAGCGGAAGACGAUCAGCCAUCGGAAGAUGUCGGCAAGCAGACGGGUGAACAUAAAGAGGACGGAAGAUAUCAGGGUGAAGAUGCAAGCGUGCCGACAAAUCGCGACGAACCACCAACAUACAAACAAGGCCCCAAGAACAGCACGGACGUGAAGCUGAAAAACGAGCUGCUUGCAGACUGGAGCGAAGACGAACCGGAGGACGAUGAAGGCGUUACGGAAAGCGGACAGGCAGUCGCAGAAAAGAAGGCGAUCGAACAUGUUUCCCUUGCAGAGAAGAAAAUUCCUCCCCCGAAAGAUUCUUCGCCAGUUCGAACGGUUGUUGGUAAAGCGGGCACCACCAAACGGCAACAUAAAGAAUCCAGACAGGAAACAGCUAGCAAACAGGCACAAGCAUCGAAGAAAGCGAUAAAAGCGGAAGCGAAAAUUGAUGGAAGUGCAAUGCAAGGCAAGGAUGGGCUGAGCGAUAAGGUCAAGGAGGCGGAAAAAGAUCAGGAAAGUUCGCCGGAGGAUAGUGCAACUGGUGCUGUAACAGCUGCAAUAACCGUAACCGCAUCCGAACCAUCCUCCGCAUGUGCUGCCUCCGGUGUGACGACGACCGCACCGACUGCCGCAACGACCGCUACUACCGCAUCACCGUAUGCCACGAUCAAGUACAGAAACAUCCCGAAAAAACAAAAGCGUGAAUUCAUCGAAGUCACCAAUGACGACGUCUCCAUGGUACAGGAAAAGUAUGCGGUACCGUCACGGGAAGGAAGUACGGCUAGCAGUUCAUCGACCACUGGCUCUUAUGAACCGUGUACUGGAAGUGCCCAGUCGACUACGGCACCCGUACCGACAGUCGAGCGUCCGAUCAGUGCGAAACAGUUGAUACUGAACCGUGCCACCCGUGGCUCAAGCAAAUCGUUAAGUGGAGAUGAAAAUGCAAUGACCGUUAGUGUGACGGCGGCAGACGAUGGUGGUACAACGACGGCGAGUGUUGCCACUGGCACGGAAAGCAGUGUUAGCGAGGAACAAAAAUCUCAGUCGGAUGAGACGAAGACAAAACCGCUGGACCCGCAGGGCCCACAGGAGUCGAGCUGUUUCGAUUUCAACGAUGACGAAGAAGAGCGAAAGGUGCCACAAAUGUCCACCGUGGCUACAAAACAUUCGACGUCACGGUUAGACCGUAAACAUGAACAAACGUCGGCGCGCAUAAAGCCAACACCGCCGGUCGAGGCAGCCGACGCACCGCAGGAAGAGGAUCGGGACGUAAAGCUUUGCCAGGAAAUUGAUUCGCUGCUGUGUGAAAUGGACGUGCCGAAACUGCCAGAAGAUCUGAACGAUGUAAUGGCCGCUGUGUCUGACAAGAUUGACUGCAAUCGUACCCUGCCGCCGAAGGAACGUGGCAAGCGAAUUUUUAAAACACGCAACAAAACCGUUGCCGGAGCGGCAUCUUCGUCUUCGUUUCAUUCGAACACAGAUGAAGGGGCUGCAGAAACCGAACCUAAAGCGCUUUCAGAACCAGCAGAUACAAACGAUACAGAAGAUAGGAGCGACAAACAAUUCUCAGGCGCUGUCGAAACGGAGGAGAAACCGCUCGCCAAGGAUAGGAACGAAUCGAAGAAACAGGAGGAUCAUCAGCAUCCUUCCGUCACUUCAUCGGCGAUGACUGAAGAGCUGGUAGCAGUCGAACCGAUGGACGUGGACCAGCAGCAGCAGCAAUCGAUGAAGAAAAAACGGAAAUCGGAAGAAAUGCUCCUUCCAGACAGCAGUGGCGGUAAUGGCGAACCGACGCCGCCUCCUUUAUCAUCUGCUCGUCGUCGUGGCAAGUUUGGUGGUAAGCAUGUAGCGGAAGGUACGGAACAGAAACCAUCGGAUUCCACCGGUCCAUCGUUGGAUGAGCGUGAAUCUUCUUCAUCCUCCUCGCGCAAGUCAAAAAGAAGUCGUCGUGAACUCACGUCCACUACCACACCAACCACGGUCAUCAGUAGCGAAAGUAGGGACGAUGCCGAAGACACCUACCACAGUACCUCGGAACGAGUAUCGGGAAGAAAAAGGGAAACCGUUGCUAUGGUAACGGAAGAAGCCAGCGCCGAUGGCAUCAGUGCGAAGAAUGACGACACAUCACCACCGCCGCCAGUGAAGAAGCAAUCCAUCGAAAUACCCGCGGCAACACCGAACGCGACGAAACCGAAGCGAGAAGAAAUCGUCUUACAGUCGAAAAAAGUGCUCGCGGCACCGCCACCUUCUACCUCGAUCGACACGACGAAACCAACUGCGACGGAUCUGCAAGCUGCGGAAGCGCUGAUAAAUCUGCCCGUUGUAGCAACAACGAUGGCUUCUGUAAGUAGUAGUGAGGAAAAGCAGGUACCGACCACAGUGAGCGAUGCUGCAGAGGAAGCAGUCGCUGUGGUGCGACAGGCAACAGCGCCAAGCUCCGGAAGCAGUUUGGCCAAGAGUAUCAACCCGCGAAAGCGUCACCUGCAGUCGAUGAUGCUUACGACAACGGAGGAGCCGAAGCCGCAGGCAAAGAAAUCAUCGGGCUCUGACUCGUGCGUACCGUCUUCGGUGGUAGCAUCCAAGGCAGACGGUGCAGCAGCUGUAGUCGUGCCCGCCAAACAAGAUCCUCCAUCCAUUCCAGAGAAAAGCAGCGAUAACGAUUUGUCAAAAAGUGCCGAAAAGGAAGAAACGAACGACGAGUUGAUGGAAAAUGAUAAAUUUGACAUCAGCAACAUGCCGAUCGUAAUGGACGAGUCGGAGCUGUUGGUGGAGGACGCUUCGUCGUCGUCCGUCUCGAGCGCUGCCACCAUUGCCGUCGUAAAGGGUGUUAACGGUGCCGGUAAUGCACCCGGUAAGGUCGAAGCAACGCCAAUUCACGCGCUCACCACAAGUGGCGCACCGUCGCGGGAUAAACGGCAAACGACGGUAGCAUCGGUGAAGGGAGGCCGUGCCUCCAAGGAGCAAAUUGUGAUAACGAGCAAAGGCACGAUACUAACCACCUCGACAGCAAACGUAACGGUUGCGUCCAAGUUUUCCACCACCGCCAAACCGUCAGUGUCGGUGACUAGCGCCAUUACGCUCGCUACCAGCUGCCGCGUCGCUAGCUCAACACCAACACUAGCGCCGAAUGGUUCGCCGUCGCUAACGCCACCGCAACCACCACCACCACCAUCGGCAACAGUUGCAGUCCCAGCGGUAACUACACCAUCGGUACCACCAAAGAUCAUUCUGACGAAGAAACCGCUACCGAAUGCUGCUACCGAGAGUGUGAAAUCGAGCAAGAUGCAAGAACGUCGCCUGUCCGGUGACGGUGGAUCGUCCUCCGUAUCGUCAUCGUCCGGCAGCGAUGCGGGCAGCAAAAAGAGUCAUCGCGUGCUGAGGCUUACGCCGCAAAAGUUGAAAGAAUUUAGCCGCCUCGGUUACAUCGAGGAUCGACAGGGCAAGGGCAAGAUGCUGACCAAAAGCGGCAUGCGUCAGCUAUACGGGAAGCAGGCGCAGCUGAAGCAACAGCAGGCACGGAACGAGCAUCUAACUGGCAAGAAAAAAGCAGUUCCACUUUCCACCAAAAUCGUUACGACGACUGGGGUAGGCAUCGAUGGAGUUGGGUUGGUGGUGGGUUCGGAUAGCACCACCAGCAGCUCGGAGGUCGCUUCCUCUGGUAGCAAUGUCGUGAUUGCGGCUGCAGCCGACUCGUCCGUACAGGAAUCAUCUGCCAUGGUGGAACGUAACUCCGCUGCAAGCGAUCCGAGUGCGGCCGACGAUAUGGAGGAGGAAGCGGAAGCACUGUUGCUAGAGCAACAGAACAAUAAGGUGACCACCGAGGCUGCUCCAGCUCCCGGGACAAGCGGUAUGGUGGAAGGGGCCAGCCCGACCAGCAGCGGAACAACCGGUGGCCCAGUGGCCGAAGUGAUCCUUGGCUCGGCAGCUGAACUAACCAUAGUCGGUGGUGGUGGUUCGAUGGCUGAAGCUACCAGCAGCAGCGGUGGACCCGCGGCACCAGCAACAGGCGGAAGCGGAGUGCAAGAGUCCUCCCAGCUGGUUGCCGUAACGGCGGAGAACUUUGGUGGCCCACCCCAUCUCUUCUACCUAUGCUCGGUGCGUGAUGAAACGUUCGUGCGCGUGAACGAUGAGCUGCUCUAUCUUGACGCAUCGAACCAGCUGGUGGCGUUGCCGGAACAGCAACAUCCAGCGGCCCAGCAACAGCAGCAGCAACAGCAAGGACAGACUCCCGCUCAACCGGUGGAAGAUAUUAUCCAUCAGGCGGAGGUGAUCCUGCCCACGAUCGGCACUAAUGGAGCGGAACUGCCCGGUGACGGUUCCGUCGACGGUGGCGCGAACCUUGCCGAUGGUUCUGGUGCGUCGGUAGUGAGCGAUGGUGCGCAGCAAAGCUUCCUGCUCAACACGCAGGACGGGCAGCACAUCAUACUCGACCAGCAGAGCCUGAUGGCGUUGGCGGCCGGUGGUGACACAUCGCACAUUAUAACGGCUGACGGCCAGCAGAUAGUGCUGCAAGGUAGCCUAUUCACCAGUUCCGUAUCGGUCGAUGAUCCCGACUAUGUUUGAACUCCCGAGUCCGAACUGCGCGAACAGCACACUACAGCGAAAGAACAAAAUGCGCGAGAGCGAACGAACCCCGAACCGCGCGGAACGCAAAACCGAACAAAUAUUCCUUAACAGAACCGAACCGCGGGAAGCAAACCAUGGACACAUUUUAGUUUCAGAGAGCGAAAGGAGACGGACGCACGAUACGUAAACGAACCUAAUAUAUAUUGUUAUGCCGAGGAGGUAGUAGAAGAGAAGCAGGCAAAGGGAUGAACGAAGCAAGGCAAUGAUGAUGGACCCGAUUCUUACUUCAAAACGAACUUAUCCGUAAGGGAAGCUGCAAGCUGUACUGUAGUAAACUUUUGGCGCAAAAAACCCGUCUCUAUUUUCAUACUGAUACUCUUACCGGUCGGAAUUGAAUGUCCUGGUCGAGUGCUGCAUUAUAAGGAUGUUGGCUUAUGAACUCUAUUUGGCGGCCAUUUUGUACGUCUGUUGACGAAGGCUUGCUUUCGAAGGGCAGCAGUCGGAUGUUACAAAUAUUCCUCGGAUAUUGAUUUAACGUAGCAGAAUGAGCAAAGGACAUUCAAUUCUGAUCUGUAACCUCCCUAACCAUGAUACAUGACACUAGAGCACUGGUUGAACAUGCUUAACUGCUGCUAGUAUUUCAUGGUCUCUCCUUGCCAAUCUCAUCAUCACCAUCGCUGCUUUUAACUGCCUAUCAUUAGCUGGACCUUUUCCACUCUACCCGGUUUUACCCUCAAAUUGAAACAGACAGAAUCGUAACACUCAAAGCGGUUAGAAAAAUCGAGUCAUUUCUAAGGACUGUUCCGCUACCCGGACGUACAACAUUCCCAUUUUUAAAAGGAUUGCCUUUAUGUUAAAGCUUUAGGAAAAAAGGAUUCCCUCCCUCUUUUUCUGUCUCUGUAGCACAUGCCUGUAAGUACUGUCCGUUUUGCUUCUAAAUCGUCCAACCUUCCCGUUUUAAUGUACACUGCCACACCUUGCUCUGUAGGCUGGUGGCUGCAUUGUAGAUUACCUAUUGGAUAAGGGGGUGCAACGUAAAUACGCCGGCAUGAUGCAGCAAGUGCUAAAGGUUUAAGAAGCAAAUAAUAUUAUUCAGAUUAGUUGUAAGCGAACGAUGUGUCUCUUCUCAUGCAAACAUAGGAGACACUUUUAGACAGGACCCUGGUAUGUCCGUAGAUGACGUAGUCAAGUCCUCUGAAAGAUAGUGCUGGACUUUGAAGCUGCUUUGCCUUGCUCUAUGCGGUGAAAGAUAUUUGUUUCGCUUAGCGUAUGCAUUAAAACGAUAGACUAGCUUGAUGAAGUGUUAACAUUAUAAAUCAUAACAGGAAGGAUAGAAGCAUGGCCAAAAUGCGAGCUCAAGUUAGAGCUUCUCGGACAUUUCCUGACCACGCUGGGGCUUCAUUUGUUGAGGCAUUUUAAACAUUCUCUCCCUUCGUAUGAUUGCCUUUUUAAUGACAGCCUUUUUAAUAUCAUCUCUAGCAAUUAUCCCUUAUUGGUUCUAGCUUUUUGCUUGCAUUGCCACCAGGAAGUUAGUCUACUUUUUAAAUGCUGAACGAUUGUACAAAUUGAGGGUGACAAUAUUUUUGGGUCAAAUUGCUUCAGAUACUGCUAAAGGGGCGGGGUUCCGGUGGUGGAGGCGACAACGGCGCCGGUCUUCAUACGGCAGGACCCGGGGCUCAAAUCCCUUCCGGACAGUUCCCCCGCAGUGAGGAACAACCUUAUUAAGAGAGGUCGUUAGGUCAAGAAGAGAGAGCGAGAGAGAGAGAGAGAGAUACUACUAUAGCGGAUAGUAAAUUGUAACACACAUAUACAGGCAAAGGACAGGUCAGACAUACAAAAGCUUGAGUUUUACUUUUUAUUACUGACUGUUUGUCCUAGACAAACUUCACUAAGCAUAUGUUUGUAAGGGAAAUUAUGGUAGUAGGUAAGAUUAAUAUUAACGCCAAGUAAGACAACACACCGAAACUCCACAGACGAAAAUUAGAAAGAGAAAGAGAGAGCGAGAGAGAGGAACGAGAGAUAGUGUUGUACGAUUACUUCCUUCCGUACUACUGUGCGUUCCGGCUAUAUUCGGGUAGAAGCUCUAUGUAUAUGACAAACAAAAUGUUCCAAUUGUAACUGUAACUGUAGGAAACAUUUCCAUUUCCGGUUAAGAGAAUAAUAUACCAACACCUGUCCACUAUAGAGCAAAUGAAUAACGGACGAAGCAA